AAGAAUUUGUUUGGCCUAUUAUGUAUGAAGCCAGUGCAGAAAACUUCACAAACAUUUCUGAAGAGGAGGUGGACGUGAUAGCAGUGGUUCACUCGUCUGCUUAUUCAACUUGCAAAUAAAAUGAGCACAUUUAUUGAAAUGGCGUAUGUUCUGUGUCUGGCUUUUGUGCAGUCGUCUGGAUAUAAUACACAGUUUAAGGUGUCUUACAUUUGUGACAUUUCAGCGCCAACAAAUAGAAUUAGUUACCAUGGACACGUGACUAGUGAGCUGUUUUGUGGCACGUUGUGUGCGAUGCAAGGGAUAUGCGAGUCUUUCUUAUUUAUCAAUGAUAAUUCCACGUGCAUACUAAACGACGGUCUCGCAAAGAACAACGAAACGUGUGGAAACGGUAUUAUGUACGGGGCAAAAGUGAUCAAAAAAAGCUGCACCGAGUCAUUCGGCAACGUGAGACUGUGUAAUGGCUCCAGGAACGAUGAGGCUGACUCUGCCAUGGGGCGUGUUGAAGUUUAUUAUGAUGGACAAUGGGGCAGCGUUUGCGAUGAUAGCUGGGAAAUGUAUAGCCACGGACCUGUGAACGCAAAGGUCGUCUGCGGUAUACUUGGAUUCACGGAUGGUGUAUCAAAUACCUCAGCGACGUUCGGUCGAAGCACGGGUCCAAUACAUUUGGACGAUGUCAUCUGCGAUGGAACAGAAGCGUCUAUUUUCGACUGCGCUCACAAUCCCUUCGGAGAAAACAACUGUAACCACGGAGAGGAUGUCGGAGUCGUCUGCUACUGAACAGGAUUUUUAUAUUUCAGAUUUCAUUUGCAGUGACGUUUAGAUUUCAUUAUUUUUUGACUUGAACAAGAACAUUUCAUAGUGGAGAAAAUCCCACAGUUUCGAAUGACGCAAAUUAUGGAACAGUAUGAAGGCAAAAAUUACAAACUUCUUUGUAACAUGUCCUUGUCGCUGUCUGACAAAUUUGCACUAUGAUUUUGACACCAGAAUUGAUACAUUCUGUAAAUGCAUUUAUAUUGACUGUGCUCUUGUGGAACAUACGUCUUGCAUCAUGUCAUGACCAUGCUGUUGUGAUACAUUCCGUCUUGGUGUGGAGUUAAAGGUAGCAUUGUUUCCAGUAACUUCGUUCAAAUUUUUUGUUAUCAUUUCUCGUUUCAAAUGUAGACAUUUUUCGUAGAAGCUGUAUGACCUGUCUUGGUAAUCUCGGCAUUCAACACGAAUUAUCAAACCUUAGCGUGUGUAAUAUACAUGUAAUCUAGCUGCAUAAAAUAAUGUUAAGUUAGGGUUAUCAAUUGUUAGCUAUAUGAUUUUUGUUUUUCUUGUUCCAGUUCAACUUUAAAACAAUUCUUUCAUUGGUUUGUCCCACAAAAUCGAUUUUAUACCGAAUUAUAAGGAAAAUGAACAUGUUUAGCACUCUAUCAGGGAUGGAAAAAAUUACAAUCAAUAAUCAAGGAUGAACAAUUAAGCAAUAAUGGUAACCUGAAAUCUAAUUCUUAUGUUGAAUCUGUAGACGGAACGUUUGAAUGGUUUGCUUAAAUCAAAGAAGUAUAACAUACUUUAUUUUUAUAGCUCUUUGCUUAAAUAGAUGCACAUAGGCUUUACGCGUUUUCUAAUGAAUCUUUAAUAUUCUUGCUCUGUAUUUAUAUUGACUG